CCGCUAGAGGGCAGUCGUCGCGCUUUUCAUCUACCUCGCUUUUGUUGGCCACAAGACGAGCGGUGGGCAAGGUACAAAUCAUUGCAGGACUUGUGUUUGUUUUCUUGCUUCGACACGCGAAUGCUCAGCAAAGUGCCCAACUUGCAUGCGAAGCCAAUGCACGUUUUCUUUUCUAGCUGUAGUGUUUCGUUUUGCGCUCAAUGCAUCGUAAUGAAGCUUGCCAUAAGCUAGGUAUGGCUAAUAUCAAACGCGAUAAAAGCCAAAACGAUAAACAACAGGAUUUAUAAACCUGUGUAAAUAGUAGGUAGUUUUGUUUGGUAACGCUUAUAAAUACGCCGUUACCCCCUUUCCUUACGUGUUUUCUUAAUUUACAGCCGUUUAGCCAAACUACAAAUAUUAGCUGUCAAUUUUGUGGGGGGGGGGCGCCCUUUUAAGUUAAUUACAACGCUGUAAACUUUGCCAAAUGUCAUCCCUGCGCUUUUUCUUCCCAGCCUUUAUUUUGCGCGCACGCUAAGCAACGUGAUGAGUUUUGACGUGAUGAAACUGAAACUAAACGAGCUCAAGAGCGAGCUCCAGCGUCGCGGUUUGAACGCCAUCGGUCUGAAGGUGGACCUGGUCAGGCGGCUCAAGUCGGCGCUGGACAAGGAAGCACUCGGAAGGGUCCAAACGGAAGAGCUGCAAGCCGAGGCUUUUGCUGGAAGCGACAGCGAUCCACUGCUUGAGGAAGACGGAGGGAGUGACUCGGGAAGCUGCUACGAGGAAGAGGAGGCAGAGUUUGAGGCGGAUUCCGAGUCUGGCUGCAGCACGAUCGACUUAAACGCCAACGCCGAGCUUCCGAAAACUGCCCCCAUACCUGAGAUGGUGGUCAAACUUGAAGUGGAUGAAAAGGAAGACAUCAUCAAAGAAGAAAUGAAGGAGGAACUCAUCAUUGAGAAGAACCCAGAGACGCAGGAGCAGUUGAAGGUGGAGUCGGAGAUAACUGGACAGCACGGCCAAAAGCGACGGUGCGAGGAAAGCAGCGGUGACAACAACUUUGAACAAUCCCAGGAGAAGAGAUCAUGGAACAUGCAAAGAUCUCCCGCCAGUUGGCAGUCUGGAGACGAAAGUAAUUCCAGUUCCACACCUGUUGGCAGUGUGAACAAAGAUGCUUGGAGCAGAGAUGAUGUGGAGGACUUUAGCUGGCAUGAAGCCGGCUGGGAACCAAAUCAAUUCUCCUUCACCGCAAGCCCCGGACCACGGAGCGCCGCCGCCGAGUUGGAUUCCACCUCGCCGGCCGAUUUCCUGGAGCUCUUCCUAACCGCCGAGCUACUCCAACAGAUCGCGGAUUGGACCAACUCGUACGCUACUCGCUAUUUUCAAGCUCAGUCCGAGCGCUUGCCGCAUAGCAGGAGUUGCGGCUGGAAACCCGUGUCAGUCGCAGAACUCAAAACUUUAUUCGGACUCACGUUUAUCACCAGUUAUGUCAAAAAGCCAACAAUUUCAUUAUACUGGAGUAUGGAUGAGGUUGACGCCACGCCCCAUUUCGGCCGAACCAUGCCGAGGAACAGAUUUCAGCUCAUAUGGAAAUUCUUUAAAUUCAACAAUACCACACCGUUGGACAACAAUGACAAAAUGUACAAAGUCCGUCCGGUGUUGGACUACAUCGUGGAAAAGUUCAAGGAGAUGUAUCAACCGGGACAAAACAUUUGCAUUGAUGAGGGGAUGAUGCUUUGUCGGAGCCGCCUAUCCUUCAGAGUCUUCAACCCGAAAAAAAACAUCAAAUAUGGAAUCAAGUCAUACAUAUUAUGCGAUUCCGCCACCGGAUAUUGUUUCAACCUGCAACCCGAUGUCAAGGAAACUCCGAUGACGUCGGAGAUCGUCUUCUCUCUCCUCGAUCGUCUCCCGGGUUAUGGUUAUACGCUGUACAUGAACGAGUCUUACAAUUCCGUAGCAAUGUGUGAGCUUUUAUUGGGAGCGGAAACGAAUAUCUGCGGAAAACUGAAGAACAAUAGGGGGGAACCGAAGAUCUUUAGGAAGGUGACAAAGAAUGAGUUGGGGGUGGAGGACAAGGUUACACGACACAAUAAGAGGGUCAUGGUAGUAGCGUGGCAGGGAAAGCUCUAUGUGACAACUUGCCACAAAGAUAUAUUGAAGGAAGUGCCCCAGAAGGGACAGAAAGAUGAGGGUCCUUCCUCAAAGCCGGAGUGUGUCGCAGCGUACAACUCCUCCAUGACCGGGGUGCAGAAGCUGGACCAAAAAAUUACAUACUACCCCUUCGUCCGAAAGUCGACAGACUGGUCCAAGAAGUUUGUUGCCUAUCUUUUCCAGCUAUGCAUGUUUAAUGCUCAUGUCAUCUACAGAGCAAGGCACCCAGAGGAGCGUAUAACCCUCUUGGAGUUCAUGCGCAGCGUUGUCAAGUCCUGGACUGUGAAGCGCUAUGUUCUGGCGCAGGUAAGAAAGGAUGAGGAGGGAACGUUUGAGAGGUGUGGGGACUUGGUGGCUCACCGGCCUUGUAAAAGGGCACCACCUAGGACUGACCCAGACAGCAGGCUCGACGGGCAGCUUGCCAAGCACAGACUUGAAUACGUGACCACAGCUAGCAGGAGCGUAGACCCACCAAAGCGAUCAGGAAGGAGGUGUAGGGUAUGCGCUCGCAGAGGUUUGCGCAAAGAUACCAGAAUGUGGUGCGUGUCCUGUUGUGUCGCUUUGCAUCCAGGAGAAUGUUUCACAGCUUACCACACUAAACUCAACUACUCUGAAUAGUUGUGUAAAAACAGCAAAGCUAAAUCUGCGGACAGAUUAAUUGAACAAUUCAAAACAUCAUACAUAUUUGUCAUUCGUAAAAAUUGUACAUAGUUGUGUUUGUAUAGUAAAUAUGUUUUCAAUGUUGGUGUCACCAAAGCAGAAACAAAUGUUUUUGACAGUUUUUUUUCUGCAGGUGUUACAAUUUUUGGGGUCAAAACCAAAGGUCAGAGAUGAGACUACAACUCAGAAUUUAAUCACUGAGGUGCUGGUGUCUCUCAAAAUUAUUUUUAAGUUAUUUAUUCUUCAUUAAUUGUGGAGAUUGUGUUUUACUAGAGGUAAUUGUUGUAUAAACGUUUUAAUUGUGCAAUAA